AAUAUAAAUGUAUAAUAAUACUUAGAAAAAUAUUUGAUAAAAUAUAUUAUUAGAUUAACCCUAUAGAUUAUAACAUACUUUUUUACAGUUUAGAUUAUUAUUUAAAUGUUGUAACUAUUGGAACUGUCAGCAUUCUUUUAAUUUCUUCAUAAAUGUUGCUAUUAUGAAGACAUAACUAAUAAGAAUUUCUAAGACUUAUCUUUUAACUGUAAACUCCCAUACAGCUAUCCCCAUCCUCCCAUAGUCAUCCAAGGCUUACGGUGCCGCCAUGAAGGCCACCAUGCAGGCUGCCUACCCCAACCAUGGCAGGACAGCCCUAACCCUGGGCAUCGACACCGCCGGAGGAGUCUUGACGCCCCUGAUCAUACGGGACACCAUCAUCCCCACCAAACAGACUCAGACCUUCAGCACAGGCACCGACAACCAGCCCGGGGUCCUGAUCCAGGUCUUGGAAGGAGAGAGAGCCAUGACCAAGGACAACCACCUGCUGUGCGAGUUCGAGCUGUCGGGAAUCCCGCCCGCUCCGAGAGGGGUACCUCAGAUCGAGGUCACCUUCGACAUCGACGCAGACGGCAUUCUGAACGUGUCUGCUGUGGACAAGAGCACGAGCACGGGCAAACAGAACAAGAUCACCAACGACAAGGGCCGCCUGAGCAAGGAAGACAUCGAGAGGAUGGUGCAGGAAGCAGACCAAUACAAGGUAGAAGACGAGCAACAGAGGGAGAAUAUAGCGGCCAAGAACGCCCUGGAGUCGUACGCCUUCGUACGCGUUUGUCAUCCUUUCUCUCUGAUGCUCUCCUCUGUUGGUUGGUCAUUUUACCCUUUUUUUUUUAUUAAGGUUGUUCCGGUUAUGUCUCGCCCAGAUUGUUCCGUGAAGCCGAACCACUCAUUAUCGAAAUAUGAUUGCUAUUGCAGACUUAAAAAACAAAUGAAUAACUGCACAAUAUCUAUUUGGUUUCUCACAUGGGAGAAACAAAUAACACGGGAUGACACAUCAUUAAAAGACGGCUACACCUUAUGGCCUACGUCACCCUAAUGUGGGCACUACCUAGGAUGUUCCAGAAUGAUCUAGAGGACAAAUGUUUAGUAUAAAAGAACCCACAGUACCGUCAGUUGACCACAAAAAGCCUGAAACGAU